AUGCGAUUCCUGUCGCUCUGGCUCGCAGCAUCAUGCAUCUCCAGUGUAUGGGCACUUCAUGCGUCUGAAGUUGGCGUAGUGGACUGGUACAAAUCUUUCGCUGGCGUUCCACGGAUAGGUGCUAUUUCGACUGCGCCCGUGUUCCAUAGAAUAGGCGGAUCCAACGGGUCGACACAGAGUCUUGUCCUGACUGCUACUGAAAAAAAUGUGCUUGCUGCUAUAAGUCCGGUAGACGGCUCUCUAGCGUGGAGAUACCUUUUUGACCAAGAUGAGCAUGUUAUUGGGUUGAAAGCCCAUCAGGAUGUUGUGGCUGCCGUCUCCGGCUCUGGCGGUGCGACCUUACGAUUAUUCGACGCGCUGACCGGCGAUUUGCGUGUUGAGAAGCGGUUACAUCGGCCAGAUGCAGGCCGUUUGUUUGAGCCGGAGACGUUGGGUACCGCAAUAGCAUUUGAGAAAGACGACGUAUUCGUACUUUCAAACGGACAUAUCCUCCGACGCGUGGAUAGCAAGACCGGAGAACUCAAGUGGUGUUGGGCAUCUCCGGAUGAGGCAUCUCUUGUAGUCUAUUCCAAGAUCAUCGCGACCCCCUCUGUGACGUAUGUGGUCGGUCUGGCGAAAUCGUUCGCAUCGUAUACUCUGCACGUUACAACACUUUCCUCUUCCACGGGCGAGUUGCUUGAAUCCAUGAGCAUCCCAUCAAGCAUAAAGGACGGCCUUGUAGACUUCUUGGUGUUGAGCACUGCUGGACAGUCAGAGCUAACACCGCAUGCUAUCUGGUUCGAAGAUGGCUCCAUCAGAGUAUUGAAGUUGACUCCAGAAAUCAAGGAGACAUCAUCGACCAGCAAGGGUGCAGUAUACAAGCGAGUGGUUGACGUAGGACUGUCUGAACAUGGGCAAUUUGUCGCACUCAAAGACGAUGGCACGGCACAUAUUUUCAAGCUGACCGAAGACGGCUUGAAAGCUGUUUGGGAGUUCAGGGAUUCUGCUUCCUCAAACCAAUACGCAGAAUCUCAUUACGUGGGCGGCUUGGAUAAAGAUGGCUGGCCAUUCAUUGCUCGCGUGUAUUGGUCUCAUGUUUUCAAGAAAGCGACCGCGCAUGUUUUCGCAGCACACCUAGCCGAUGGCAAGGGAUUCAGCACAAGCUUCACAUUUCCCUUUGAGACCAGUGUCCAUGGCGUUAUGACUCACGUCGCUCUCGAUGCUGCGAAUCCAGAAGAGUUUAAAGUCAUCUCGCGCUUGGUCCUAACCACCAGCACUGGUGCAGUACAGCUGUGGCAGCAAGAUCAGCUACACUGGACCCGCGAGGAAGCGCUAUCGGAUAUAAGGGUCGCUGAAUUCGUGGAGUUGCCCGAAAGAAAGAUCAUCGCUGCGCUUGGCAGGGAAGAGGAGGAGACAUUCAUGGCAAGGCUUGUAAGGCAGACCUCAGAAGCGCAGGAUUUCCCGCAAUACGCGAUCAACUUUGUGAAACGCUUCGUGACAGGAUCCUACGCAUCUGUUUCGUCCUCCGUCGCUUCGCCUACGAACGCAUCUGAGCCGCUUUCUCGCGAUACGUUUGGACUCCGGAAGAUCAUCGUUGUCGCCACUCCAUAUGGCAAGGUCUAUGGCAUUGAUUCUGCCAAUGGCGAGAUCGUAUGGAGUCGCGUGUUCGGCCUUGGAUGGGCGGCGGAAGUGGGUGGGCAUAUCCUACCUGUGAAGCUGUUCGUCACGCGCACUGUCAGCGAUGGAGACUCUCCUCAGGUUGUUCUGAUCACUCAACGCAGAGCUAGCAAUACCCUCGUGGACACGGUGCUCUUUCAUAUUGACGCGCUGACUGGCGCGGAUGUCAGAGGAGUGUCACCAGCUGGAGCGCUUCUUCAGGGCCUGGACGUCAUCGCAGGACCUCUGGUAGAGGCGUAUCUGUUACGCAGUGGUAACAGCAAGAUCGUUGUUUUAUUGGACGAGUUUGUGCAAGUUCACCUAUAUCCUGACACAUCGGAGUCGACUGCGGUUUACAAGAAAGCGUUACCGUCGUUGUACUUCGUGCUUCGCACUGGUCCUCGUGGAUCCCAGCGUCUUACUGGCCACCAGAUCUCCUCAGUGGAAGAACUCAUGGGUAGAGAUGUUGCAUACCCGACAUGGACCGUAUCCCUCCCUCCUUCGGAGGUCAUCUACUCAAUAAUACCGAAACCGCACGAACCCGUGGCAUCGCUGGGCAAAGUCUUGGGCAACCGCACCACAUUAUACAAGUACCUAAACCCAAAUCUUGUCGCUGUCGUGACUGGAUCGUCUUCACCGCCUUCAGCUUCCACAUGCUCGGUCUACCUCGUUGACGGCGCCAAGGGAACAAUUAUCUAUCAUGCCACUCUGCCCUCGAUGGUCGAUUCCUGCGACAUUCACGUGGCGCUCACUGAAAACUGGCUUGUGUAUGACUACUAUGAUGGGGAGCUUGGUGUGGAUCAGGCCAAGAGCCACCGCAUCGUCUCUGUAGAGCUCUACGAAGGGUCUGGCGUUGAUGAUAAGAGACGGAGUUCCGAUGCUUCGUCGUUUUCUGAUGAGAGUGCCGAUGUCACUAUCUUUGAACAAUCGUACGUAUUGCCGCGGGGCAUCACUACUAUAUCUGCCACAUCUACGUCAUACGGUAUAUCUAUGAAGGAUAUUAUUGUCGCGAACGAAAACCACCAGAUCCAGUCCUUCCCUCGGCGUUUCCUAGACCCCCGCAGACCUAAACAAAAGCCCACCAAUCAGGAGAUGGAAGAAUGGCUGACCCAGUACGAACCGCUCAUUCCCGACGAUCCAAAACGUGUUCUGUCCCACAACUAUGAGGUUGCACAAACGAAGCGCAUCAUCACAUCUCCUGCGCUGCUGGAGUCGACGUCGUUAGUGUUUGCUUACGGGCUUGACCUAUUCUUCACUCGUGUUGCGCCCUCGAGUACCUUCGACGUGCUGAGCGAAAACUUCAACAAGGCCCAGCUCGUUUUCACCGUCGGCGGUUUAGCGUUGGCAAUCAUCGUCGCGAAACCGAUGGUCAGCAGAAAGCGGCUGCGGGAGAGGUGGUAUGACUAG